CUCCAUGUUGGAUGUUCCAGCUCUGCUGCUGGCCACUCUGGAGGAGCUCACUGAAGAACAGCUGAAUACAUUUCAGUCUCACCUGACUACGGUCCAGCUGCCUGACUGUCCUCCAAUCCCAGAGAGCCAGCUGGAGAACACUGACAGACAGGUCACAGUGGAUCAGAUGGUGAAGAGAUACGGCCCUGAGAGAGCUGUGAGGAUCACACUGAAGAUCCUGAGGAGGAUGAAGCAUGUAGACCUAGCAGAGAAGUUAGAGAGAGAUCACACUAGAGCAACAAAAUGGUGGCGCGACYCAUCAGACACUGGCAGUGACAAAGAGAGGGAGAAGAAACAUGUCCAUCUGCCUGGAAGUUCUAGAGCCUUGGACAGAGAGGCAGCAGGCAGCAAAGACACUGGAAUCCCAAAGGACAAAUAUGAACUGGUCACGGUGAGGAGGAGAGGGGAUGUUUAGGUUAACA